CGCCGGCGUGCUGACGCGCGGGCUCCAGCCGAGGCCGAUUCCGCGCCCGCCAUGGCCGACAAAAUGGAUAUGUCUCUGGACGACAUCAUUAAGCUGAACCGGAGCCAGCGAGGCGGCCGCGGCGGGGGCAGGGGCCGCGGCCGGGCCGGCUCCCAGGGCGGCCGCGGCGGCGGGGCGCAGGCUGCCGCGCGAGUGAGCCGAGGCGGCGGACCCAUUCGGAACCGGCCGGCCAUCGCCCGCGGCGCGGCGGGCGGCGGCAGGAACCGGCCGGCGCCCUACAGCAGGCCGAAACAGCUUCCUGACAAAUGGCAACACGACCUUUUCGACAGCGGUUUUGGGGGUGGUGCCGGCGUGGAGACCGGUGGGAAACUGCUGGUGUCAAAUCUGGAUUUUGGCGUGUCCGAUGCUGACAUUCAGGAACUCUUUGCUGAGUUUGGAACUCUGAAGAAGGCGGCUGUGCACUACGACCGAUCGGGCCGCAGUUUGGGGACCGCUGACGUGCACUUUGAGCGGAAAGCAGACGCCCUGAAAGCUAUGAAGCAGUACAAUGGCGUCCCCCUGGACGGUCGCCCCAUGAACAUUCAGCUCGUCACCUCACAGAUCGACACGCAGCGGAGGCCUGCACAGAGUGUAAACAGAGGGGGCAUGACCAGAAACCGUGGUUCCGGAGGUUUCGGUGGCGGCGGCGGCACCCGGAGAGGCACCCGUGGCGGCAGCCGUGGCAGAGGCAGAGGCACCGGCAGGAGUUCGAAGCAGCAGCUUUCCGCGGAGGAGUUGGAUGCCCAGCUGGACGCUUACAACGCCAGGAUGGACACCAGUUAAGCAGACCGGCAAAUCCGUGCGUGGACCAGGACCCAGACGUCGCGUCCGUGCUCCCCGGAGGGAGGGGGUGACAGACUGGGGCUGAGUGGCCAGUGAUGGAUUUGUUUCUUUUAUGUUUUAAAAUAGGGUUUAAAAUUCAUGUAAAGGUUUCUUUUUUUUUUUCUUUUUUUUUUAAAUCCUGAAGCAGACCUGUUUUGUACCGAGUUAUUUUUGGGAUAAAUUUUACUGGUUGCAGUUGUGGAGAAGGUGGCGUUUCCACCUUUGCCAUAAUAAACUAGAAACGUGUGUA